UGCAAAUGACAACAAUGAGGACCCAUGCUUCCCUUCUUUUGCUAGUUCUUUUCUUGAUUUUGGUCACGUUUACAACCUUGAGCUCUAGUCUUCUUAAUGAUCAAUACUCAAUUAUAGGCAAAAAUGAUGAAGAGUUUCUUUCAGAGGAAAGGGUCGCUGAGAUCUUCCAAGAAUGGAAGGAAAAGCAUGGAAAAGUGUACAAACAUGUACAGGAGGGAGAGAAGAGGUUCCAGAAUUUCAGAAAAAAUUUGAAGUAUAUAGUGGAGAAGAACUCAAUGAGGCAAUCGAACUCAGGGCAUGUUGUGGGGUUGAACAAAUUUGCUGAUAUGAGUAAUGAGGAGUUCAAGAAGGUGUAUAUUUCAAAGAUCAAGGAUGGGAAGAGGAUAACAGAUCAAAGAGGUGAGUUUAAUAUUGCUUUGAGAAAGUCCAAGGCAGCCUCUUGUGAAGCUCCUGCAUCUUUGGACUGGAGGAAGCAUGGGGUUGUGACUGGCGUUAAGGACCAGGGAGGGUGUGGAAGUUGUUGGUCAUUUUCUACGACUGGAGCCAUAGAAGGAAUAAAUGCACUAGUCACAGGAGAUCUCAUUAGCCUUUCAGAGCAAGAACUCGUGGACUGUGAUGCAACCAAUGAUGGCUGUGAAGGUGGAUAUAUGGACUAUGCUUUUGAGUGGGUGAUCAGCAAUGGAGGGAUUGAUACUGAAUCUGAUUAUCCAUACACUGGCAUAGAUGGCACCUGCAACAUCACUAAGGAGGAACGCAAGAUUGUAACAAUUGAUGGCUACAAAGAUGUGGCAGACGAAGAGAGUGCCCUGCUUUGUGCUGUCGUCCAGCAACCUAUUAGUGUGGGCAUAGAUGGUUCUGCAAUAGAUUUUCAGCUAUAUACCGGGGGGAUAUAUGAUGGAGACUGCUCAGACAAUCCAGAUGAUAUAGAUCAUGCAGUUCUAAUAGUUGGUUAUGGUUCUCAAGGUGGUGAGGACUAUUGGAUCAUAAAGAAUUCAUGGGGUACCUAUUGGGGAAUGGAGGGAUAUGCCUAUAUAAGAAGAAACACUAAGUUGAAAAACGGUGUUUGUGCAAUCAAUGCAAUGGCUUCUUAUCCAACCAAAGAAUCCUCUUCUUCUCCAUCUCCUUAUCCCUCCCCUACUGUUCCACCACCUCCACCAGUAAAUCCACCGCCGCCACCACCGCCUUCUCCAUCUCCUAGUGAUUGUGGAGACUACUCUUACUGUCCACCGGAUGAGACAUGCUGCUGUCUGCUUGAAUUCCGCCAAAUUUGCUUCUUGCAAGGUUGCUGUGAUUACGAAAAUGCUGUUUGCUGUACUGGCACAGAUUAUUGCUGUCCUAGUGACUAUCCGAUUUGCGAUGUUGAUGAUGGCCUUUGUCUCAGGAACUUUGGAGACUUCCUGGGAGUGGCUGCAAAGAAGCGAACAAUGGCUAAGCACAAAUUUCCAUGGAGUAAAACUCACGAAGUCAAGAAGACUUACAAGCCUCUCCUAUGGAAGAGGAAUCAGUUAGCAGCAAUGCGCUGAGAAGAAACAUUGCAUUAAAUUUGGCAUGGCAUACGUAUUUCUGGGCUGGCGUUGGCAUUUGAAUCUUGGAGUAUCACUUUGUAAUUUUUCCGUCAUUAAAAAAAAAAAGUAUCACUAUCUCCUUGCAUGUAAUGAAGAUGAUAUCCCUCUUGAGUGCAAUAAAUUUAUGUUUUCUCA